AUGGCUCCUGAAAAGUCCAAUUACAAAGCUCUUGCGAACAUCCUAAGCACCUAUCCCGAUAUCUUGGCCGUCAAGCGAUUCCGUGAGCUGCAGAUCAGGAACCUGCUAUUCUACCAAGCCGAACUCGCUCAUCUCGAGCUUGAGUUGACCGAUAUCGAACAAAGAGAUGCGCAAGCUGCAACAGUGGCUUCAGGGCUCGCCAAUUCUAGAUGGACGCCCUUGAUGGCCCAAGUGCCAACAACAACCUCACCCAAGACGAUGUCUUCUCUUUACUGCGAAAAGAUGCUUCAGAUUCGCAAGACACUGCAGAAUUAUAACAACGCUGUGGAGCAGUACAAGCGGCUCAACGAGAUUGGAAGUCCUAAACGCAGUGACAUGAGAGCUGUCUGCGACUGGCUCAAUUCAAUGAAUGGAGGUGCUUCCUUCCUCACGGGUGAUGUUGAAGACGUCUGGACUACUCGGAACGCUGCUCGAGACAUAAUCCCUCGGAGUCCAGAAGACUUCUACGGCUUCGAGGAAGAUCACGGUAUUGCGUUUCGCAUCGGAAGAUUCAUCGCCUGGUUACAGCGACUCUUCUCCUUUGGCAUCACUGAGCGACAACCACAUCACAUUGAUACGUCUGGCUCUGGUGGCCUGGGUCAGAUAUUGUCUACGAUCAUUGCAAGCGUACUUCCUGUCAUACCCAUUGUCGUAUGCUAUUUUGUCAAGCAACUCCUGCUCCGCAUCGGCCUGAUACUUGUUUUUACAGCAGCUUUUGCGGCAUUACUGGUGGUGGGGUUGCAGUUGAGUCCAGAUACUUCACUCGGUAUCACGACGGCGCAAGUGUUCGCCCGACGAUGCAAAAUGUUACAUCUUGCUGACUGUACAACAGAAUUGCUGCUAUUCAAGUUGUCUACGUUGGCGCGACAGCGAAUACGACAAGUAGUUGAAACUCAUUAG